AUGCCAAAAGGACGUAAAGGAAAGAAAACGACGAAGAAGGUUGUAAAAAAAGAGGAAGGAAAGCCAGAAGAAGUUGUUGAAGAGGUCGUCGAACAAGAAGAUGUCCCAGAAGAAGAAAACAAGGAAAUUCCAACUGAAGAAAAAAAGGCUGAGGAAGAAGCAAAACCUGAAGAAGCAACAAAGGUCGAGGAAGCAAAACCCGAAGAGGUUAAGACCGAAGAACCAAAAGCCGAAGAAGAGAAGCAACAAACUGAAGACGAAGAAAAAAUGAAACAAGAGAAGGAAGCCGUUGAAGCUAAGGCCAAAGAAGAGGAAGAACAAAAGAAAAAAGAGGAGGAGGAAAAACUUGCAAAAGAAGAAGCUGAGAAAGCCGAGGCAGAAAAAGAAGAAAAGGAGGUGGCUGAAGCCAAAGCAAAAGAGGAGGAAGAAAGACUUCAAAAGGAAAAAGAAGAAAAAGAGGCGGCUGAAAAGGCUGAGCAAGAGAAACUUGCUAAAGAAAAAUCUGAACAAGAAGAAAAGGAAAGACUUGAAAAAGAAGAGGCAGCAAAAGCUGAGGCGGAGAGAUUACAAAAAGAAAAAGAGGAGCAAGAAGCUGCAACAAAGGCCGAGGAAGAGAGACUUCAAAAGGAAAAAGAAGAAAAGGAAAGAAUCGAGAAAGAAGAAGCGGAAAAAGAAAAGGCUGAACAAGAGGAAAAGGAGCGGCUUGCUAAAGAAGAGGCAGAAAAGGCUGAAGCAGAAAGAUUACAAAAAGAAAAAGCUGAGAAAGAAGAAGCUGAACGACUUCAAAAGGAAAAAGAAGAAAAAGAGGCGGCUGAAAAAGCGGAACAAGAAAGGAUCGCCAAAGAACAAGAAGAAAAGGAAAGACUUGAAAAAGAAGCUGCAGCAAAAGCCGAGGCGGAAAGAUUACAAAAGGAAAAAGAAGAGGCUGAAGCCAAAGCAGAACAAGAACGAAUUGCCAAAGAAAAGGCUGAACAAGAAGAGAAAGAAAGACUCGAAAAAGAAAAAUUAGAAAAAGAGGCAGCCGAAAAGGCUGAGGCAGAAAGAAUUGCAGCUGAAAAGGAAGAAACCGAACGGCUUGCUAAAGAGAAGGCUGAAAAGGAAGCCGCAGAAGCCAAAGCAAAAGAAGAGGAAGAAAGACUUACAAAAGAGAAGGAAGCCGCUGAAAAGGCCGAGCAAGAAAGAAUUGCAAAAGAAAAGGCUGAACAAGAAACAGCAGAGAAACUUCAGAAGGAAAAAGAAGAGCAAGAAAAAUUAGCAAAAGAGAAAGCGGAACAAGAAGAAAAGGAGCGGCUUGCUAAAGAGGCAGCUGAAGUAGAAAGAGUACAAAAAGAAAAGGAGGCAGCCGAAAAACAAGCACAAGAAGUUUCACAUGAAAAGAAAGACAGUGUUGGUGAACUACAAAAAAUUGAUUCUCGCAAAAAUAUUCCACUUCCAAAGAACCGAACACCAAGAACAACAAAUACUACUUUGACAGAAGUGGCCAUUGAAAAUGCAAAUGACGAAAAGGCUAUCAAAGAAGAAGAACAAAAAGUGUCGUCUGUCCCAGUCCAAGCCGAGGUCAAAGUCGAAGAGAAAAAAGAAGAAAAAAUCGCCCCAGUUGAACCAACAAAGACAAAGGCAGACACUCAAAUUGUUGUUGGUGAUGGCGUCACUUCGAAGACCAUGAAAAUUAUUAUGAUUGGUGAGAGUUCAGUGGGAAAAACUUGCUGCAUGAACAGAUACACCACCAACGAAUUCAGUGAUAUGACAAAAAGCACUGUUGGUGUUGGUGUUGGGUCAAAGGACAUUGUGGUGAAAGACAAGACAGUGAAGUUACAACUCUGGGACACCGCUGGACAAGAGAGAUUUGCAACACUUUCUUCAAAUUAUUUCCGAAGUGCGCUUGGAGGAGUUAUUGUAUUUGAUGUAUCGAAUAGACAGAGCUUUGAGAACGUCGAGACAUGGAUAGAGGAGUGCAAAAAAUACGAAGAGAAGCGAGUCAUUGUAUUAGCUGGUAAUAAAAUUGAUUUAGGUGAAGGACGUGUUGUGACCAAGGAAGAAGCUGAAGACAAAGCAAAGAAGCUUGGGAUCAAAUACUUUGAAGUCUCUGCGAAAAGUGGAUUUGGGUUGGAGGAGUUAUUCACAGAUUUGGCAAACAACAUUGCGGAAUUGCCGACUGAAGAAAAGAAAACAGAAGAAGUAUCCAUCAAUCUCGGCUCAGAGAAGCCACCAAAGAAAGAGGGUGGAUGUUGUUAA